GGCGUGGCCUCGCGGUUAUGGCGGCGCCCAUGGUGGACGCCCCUCAGGGGGUCCCCGAACCCCCCGGGACCCCUCAGGACGCGGCCCCGGCGGAGCCCGAGGAGUUGGAGUUCGAUUUCCCCCAGUACGAACUGGGCCGCCCCCCCCGCCCGGUUUGGGGGGCGCGGGAGGAAUUCGCGAAGCGCCCCGAAAAUUAUCUGCGAGGCUGCAAAUGGGCCCCCGACGGCUCCUGCGUCCUCACCUGCAGCAACGACAACGCCCUGAGGAUCUUCGACCUCCCCCUCCCCCCGGGACCCCCCCCGGGGGCGCCCCUCCCCCAGCUGCUCCCGGCCGUGCAGGUGGCCGAAGGUGACACCAUCUACGACUUCACCUGGUACCCCCUGAUGGACUCCAGCGACCCCCCCAGCUGCCUGGUGGCCGCCAGCAGCCGGGACAGCCCCGUGCACCUCUGGGACGCCUUUGACGGGACCCUGCGGGGGUCCUUCCGUGCCCACAACCACCUGGACGAGCCCGUGGCCCCCCACUCGUUGGCCUUCGCCCCCGACGGCUCCCGGCUCCUGGGCGGCUUCGACGGCGCCGUGCGCGAGUUCCCGACCGAGCGGCCGGGCCGGGGCGGCCUGCAGAGGAACCUGCACCAGGGCGGGCAUGGCCAGCGAGGCCUGAUUGGCUGCCUGGCCUUCAGCCCCAGCCAAUCGCUGUUCGCCUGUGGCUCCUAUGGGCGGAGCCUGGGGCUGUAUCCUCUGGAAGGGGGCGGGGCCGUGGCAUUCUGGCCCCGCCUCCCAGCCGCGCCCACUCACCUGCGCUUCAGCCCCUGCGGGACUUACCUGUACGCGGGCGGGAGGAAGGACCGCCACAUCCUGUGCUGGGACCUUCGUGUCCCCGAGCGUCCCCUCCUGGCGCUGCCGCGGCGCGUGGCCACCAACCAGCGCGUGACCUUUGACCUCGACCCGUGAGUGACCCCCGAACACCUGGGGCACCUCCUGGGCACACCUGGGCACACCUGGGGCACCUCCUGGGCACACCUGGGGACACCUGGGCACACCUGGGGCACCU